UGUCUAGGUCGACGCUAACUUCAUGUUAUAUUGUUCGCGAACAGUGUUUCGCAAUAACUUUUUGUUUUUUGCGUAAAAUUGUAAUAAAAUCAUGUUGUCCAGCCUAAGGUCUGGUGUUAAAGGAGUGUGGCGAGCAUCUUCUAGAGCCCUUCAGACCACUGCUAAUUUGCAGCAUGACAGCCUUUUCGUACAUAGAGACUCUCCUGAGGACAACCCUAACAUCCCCUUUGAGUUUACACCCGAAAACCAAAAGAGAGUCGAAGCCCUCCUAGCUAUCUACCCCGACGGCCACAAGCGUGGGGCAAUGAUCCCACUACUGGACUUGGCACAGCGUCAACAUGGGGGCUGGCUUCCAAUCUCAGCUAUGCACAAAGUCGCUGAAGUUUUAAAUCUACCUCGCAUGAGGGUUUAUGAAGUAGCCACAUUUUAUACAAUGUUCAUUAGGAGACCAAUAGGCAAAUACCAUGUGCAAGUGUGCACGACGACGCCAUGUUGGCUGCGAGGCUCGGACGCUGUUCUGAACGCCAUUAAGGAAGCGACGGGCUGCGAAGUGGGGGGUAACAGCCCCUGUGGGAAGUUCUCAAUCUCAGAGGUUGAAUGUCUAGGCGCAUGCGUGAACGCUCCCAUGAUUCAAGUUAACGACGACUAUUAUGAAGAUUUAACAGCAGAAGACUCCAAGGAAAUCAUUGAGAAACUCAAAAAGGACGAGAAGCCAAAACCAGGACCAAGGAGCGGUCGUUUCGCGUCGGAGCCGCUGGGCGGCCUCACGUCGCUCACGGAGGAGCCCGCGGGCCCGGGCUUCGGGCUACAGGACGCGUUGAAGGCCUAGGCCUUUUGCAUUGUCUGUCUUUUGUAAAUUAUGUUCCAUAGAUUAUUUAAAUAAAUGUUAGAUCAAUC